CCUAACAGUGACCAUCAGUGCCGCCUAACAGUGCCAGUCAGUGCCGCCUAUCAGUGCCAGUCAGUGUCACCUAUCAGUGCCAUCAGUGCUUCCUCAUCAGUGCCCAUCAGCGCCACCUAUCAGUGCUCAUCAGUGCAGCCUAUCAGUGACCAUCACUGCAGCCUCAUUAGUGUACAUCAGUGAAGGAGAAAAAUCACUCAUUUAAAAAAUUUUAUAACA